GUUCGAGUCGUCGUCGUCGUCUUGGAGGUCGCGUCUAGUUACGAAGAAGAAGAAGAACAACAUCAACAACAACCACGGGAACCAUGUACGUCCCGGAAUUGCGCCUGUCGCAGCAGCUGAAGAGCUAUUUAGAAGAAUCGCUACACAGCGACCACUUGGAGACAUCGGUCAAGCACGAACUGGACAAACUGCUCCAAGAAUCCGGCUCCGGCGAAGAUGAGGGCGGGGACGUCGCCGCGGUUCCCGUCAAAUUGGUGAAGACCUCCUUAGAAGCCCUGAAUAAAGAGAGAACAGAACCUCUUUAUAUUCACGAAAUGAUAACAGACUCCGAAUUGCACUUACAGAAAUAUGAACCUCCUCAAAGGAGUGCAGAGCUGGAGGUCAGAGUUCAAAGACUGAGGAGAGAGGCCGAAAACAGAGAAUACAAACAAAUGACCCAGAAUGUUCACAGAACUGUAAAAAAAAAUCGUGGAUGGAAACGUUGGCAAGGAACUGAAAGCUAUGAACCUUCAAAUAAUCGCUGUUGUGAAUUUUGUCCUCACUGUUGGUGGUGCUUUUGCCUUUGGUUACAAAGCUGCAGAAGCCAGUAUGGAGGAGCCAGACAUGGCCAUCCAAAUGUUAGUCGGGAUCCUCUUAGGUACUGUCGUGUUUUUCGCUGAUCUCUACUUUCUGGUAAAAAGGACCAUGUGAAGUGGGUUUACCGUGGAGUGUCGUGGGGAUCGCUGGAGCCAUCAGACAAAAUACCUUGUGGUGUUCGUUCGAGCCCUUUGCCUUCUCAGUCCAGAUUCCAAUGGGAUUAAUAAUAUGAAGUACCAGCUAAAUACUGAGGCUGAUGGAAUCGACUGACACUAUUCCUCAGAUUUGUGAACCUUCUGCCAAUCUUAUGAGCUGUUGAUUACUAUAUAUAUGGGUUGGUAAAACAUCGGUAAAUUGUAGGACAAAAUGCCCUUUUUUUCUUUUUUUUUUUUUGCAGGGUGGAUAAAAUAAAGUACCGUUGAAGUACUAACCUCCAUCUGCCAAAUUUGUGGCCCCUCAGCCUAAAAUAGAAACAAUUAUUAUCAUCGUCGUCGUCAUCAUCGUCGUCGUCACCAUCAAUAUCAUCAUCAUCAUCAUCACCACCAUCACCACCACCAUCAUCACCAUCAACAUCAUCAUCAUCAUCAUCAUCA